CCGGAAACCAGCGCGUGACGCUUCAUAAAGACUCAGGACGUGUCAACGCUUUGUUUAUGUUUGAUUAGCGACACGAGCAACAGCCGUCAGUGCAGCAUAAGCUUCAAUGGCCAAACAAGUUUCAGAGCUCUCUGUGCCGGUCCCGUGGGGGGAGAUCAGAGGUAAAGUCUGGGGUCCUGAUCACGGUCGUCCUGUGCUGUGCCUGCAUGGCUGGGCAGACAACUGUGGUACAUUCAACACCCUCAUUCCCCUUCUGCCUAAAGAGUGCAAAUACGUGGCACUGGACCUGCCAGGUCACGGCCUGUCGUCACAUCGUCCUCCCGGAGUUUUCUACUCUCAUUCUGAGUACGUGGCUGAUGUACGCAGAGUUGUUGACGCUCUGCAGCUGAAGAAAUGCUCCAUAAUAGGCCACAGUAUGGGAGGUGAGAUUGCUGGACUGUUCUCUGCUCUGUAUCCUGAGAUGGUAGAUGCUCUUGUGCUUCUGGACGCUUUCGGGUUCCUGCCUACAGAUUCAACAGAAAUAUCCAAAGUGAUGAGGCAGGGGAUUGAUGAGAUGCUCCGGUUUGAGAAUAAGAAAGAAGAGAAGAAAAGAGUUUACACUUACAAGACGGCAGUUGGGAGGCUGUCGGCUGCAAACCCAUCUCUAUCUGAACAGUCUGUGCACAUCCUUUUAGAGCGAGGUCUAGUUCAAGUUGAAGGAGGAUUUGUGUUCUCCAGAGACGUGCGAGUUAAUUUUAAAAACAUUGUGCGCCUGAGUUUGGAUCUGAGUCUGGAGAUGCAGUCGAGGAUUCAAGCCUCUGUUCUAGUUGUUCUAGCAGAAGGAGGCUUUGAUCGAAUGCUCUCUGAACCAGCUCAGAGUAAAUUUACCUCAACGCUUCUCCAGCGUCUGCAGGACGGAAAUCACAGGGUGGUGACUGUACCAGGCGACCAUCACGUUCAUCUGAAUAAGCCCGAAGUUGUCGCUCCGUUUGUGUCCGACUUCCUGCGAAGCAAAGCGCUCUCACAGCCAACCAGCCACAAGUUAUAAGACACGAACACAGUGAGGCACUCGAGCUGUCACACUGACGUCAUGUUGUACUGCUGAUUGACACACCUCUGCACAUACAAACAACUUUGGCCUUAAGGAUAGAAUAUUAAACAUUUCUACAUUAAAAUAUCUAAGAACAACUAAACCUGGUUCUAUAUUUUAUUGAGUUGUUUAUUUGAGUCAUCCCAAAUGUCUCCAGCAGUCAAACCCAGAGAAAUGCAAAAUAUUGUCCAGGGUGAUGGUGUUUCAUUUGGUGGCCUGUCAAACAA